AUGCCAUCAGUCAAGAAUUACUUACCGCACACUGUAGGGUUUGCUCUCGAUAAUGACGAUGUUACUUUUCCAAACUACGUGCCUAAUAAUGCGCAGUCAUUACCACGCACAUCAAAUGGGAUCCGGCAACUAGUCAUCGAGAAGCAAAAUCAAAGGGUAUUUCCCACAUACAAUAGACUACUAGACAGAAUGGAGGACGCGCUUGUACGGUGGCGACCUCCUGCUUCGUCUCACGUAGGGUCCUCUCUUGCGAUUCACGGUUCGCAUCCGUACCAGAAGGAUUUUGGCGAGCACAAGGCUAUGUCAAAGGAAUUUACCGAGUCCAUUGAGCAAAUGAAACAAAUAUUUCUGAAUUGCUGGACAAAAGAUGGCACGCAGUCAGAAGUAGUAGAAGAAAAUGACACAGCUAGUGAUUAUUCUCUUCCGCUAGCACUUUCGGGCGGUGACAGCGAGAAUAAACCAAAUGGUUCUACAUUCGAGACUUUGUCCCCCAGCCGGAAGACUCCGGUUGCAUUUCCCAUUAAACCUAAAACAACUUCACCCAGGACUGGUCCCGAUGAAGAUAUACAGACGACGUUAAACACAUACAAAUUCCCUGUGCCAUCGUAUUAUCUCCCGGCAGCCCUACAGCGCCAGCGCCAGCAGCAAGCACAAGACACAGACCGGGUGGGUAAUGACGGCCAAACAGGAUGGCAGGUUUGGUGCCAAUUUUGGAAGGAGUUUUGGAUUGAUUUAAAUAACUUGCUCGUCUGCAGCCUUGACGACGAAUUGUAUUAA